UGGACAACAUCUCCCCCUCCACCACAUUUUACCUAUAGUCAGUUAAACUCGGAAAAUAAUCACCCGCACUUAGCUUCGGCAUUACAGGGCGCCUUGUAACCGAACAUUCCUAGAAAAAAAAGUCGCGUGCACACUCACCGUUAUCGCGGGGGUCCCGGGCCAAACUGAUAAGAACAAAACAAAAAACCCCCCCGACCGUAACUACGCAAACCAAAGAAGCAACUCAAUCCGCAAGCGUACCAAGGAAAGAAAAAAAAAAGGAGACGUCAAAGCCAGGAUGGACGCCAAGUGGAUAGACUGGUCCAAGACGACGCGGUCUAAGGACUACCGCGGUUCCAGCUCGUUUGCGACCUUUAUGAUAAUAGGGCCCGUCUGCUUCUUCCUAGGAAUCCUCUUCGCCUCGUUCCCCUACGACUUCCCGCUCCUGUGGACAUCGGACCCGGUGCCACCGUCCUACUACGACCAGCUGGCGACGCACCUGCGCUUCAUGCACGCGGCGCCGCCGCUCAUCUCGCGCGUGCUAAACAUUGUCGUCUUUGUCGGCUUCCUGGGCUUCUUCGCCAAGCUGUUCCGGCCCUCCGAGGCCAACGUGCUCUUCGACGGCUCUUCGCUCGUCCUCUACGUCAUCGGCGUGGGAAUCUACCUGGCAAACAUCGUCAAGGGCCUGCGCGACGUCACGGCCGACGUCUGGGGUGCGGACGGCAAGGGUACGCUGAGCCACGAGGGCCCCAUCUCGGGAGAGGUCAAGCUUAGCAGGGAGGAUUCCCUCAAGGUCCUGAGCGCUAGCAACACCAUCCUCGCCCUCGUGCUCGUCGGUGUCCUCGUCCUCCAGGCCGGCCAGUGGUACGCCGAGCGCAAGGAGGCUGAUGAUGAAGAGGUCAGGGAGGCUGGGGACAAGAAGACGGCUGCUGCCAAGAAGAAGCAGUGAACUGGACGGGUAGAGAAAGGUGGGUUUGAUAGUUUGCCGGAGGGUGAGGGGGGGGUUUUUUUUUUCUGUCAUCACCGCCUCGAGGGCCUUUUUGUUGGAUCUACCUUUCCUUUGGUUUCCACCCGUUGUCACAGCCGGGAUGCAUAUGCGGCAGAUUCUCUUCAUGCUGUGCUGCUGUGCUGAGAAAUUGCAGGUACAUAUAUAAUUAAGAUUUCAGCACUACCUCGCAGGGUUGUUAAUAAUGCGUAAA